UAUAACUGUCACUGCAGUACAGCACAGGCCGUUGCCAGCAUUUUAGACUAUGGCAGAAAACCUCAAGGUAACAAUAAAAAAUAAAGCGGAAAAACGACACGAGCACGACACGUUGGUGUACCACGACAUCGACGGCUAUUUCGUGUGCACUGGAUUCGCCGACCAGUGCAUCCGCGAGGCGCUGAGCUACAAGCCGCACCCAGGCGACAUUUUUGUCGUAAGCUAUCCCAAGUGUGGAACAACAUGGAUGCAACACAUAGCGUACAACAUCCUGAACAACCGGCCGCCACCGCAAGACCUGCUCGAACAGAGUGCUGUCAUGCCAUUCCUUGAGCUUCAAGGCGCUGAGUCUGUGGACGCCAUGCCUCGACCCGGAGUCAUUAAAACUCACAUGCCGUUUCACUUGCAUCCCUACUCGACGGAGGCUAAGUACAUCUACAUAACCAGAAAUCCGUACGACUGUUGCGUCUCCUUCUACUACCACACCAAGAGCUUGCCCGAGUACCACUUUGAAGACGGCACUUUCGACGAGUUCUUUGACAUGUUCCUCGACGGCCGCGUGGACUUCGGGGACUACUUCGAGCACGUACUGUCCUGGUACGAGCGAAGGUUCGACGAUAACGUCCUCUUCGUGACGUACGAGGAUCUGAAGAAGAACACUGUUUGCUGGAUGAUUAGGAUAGCGGACUUUAUCGACGAAAAGCACGGUUGUGAACUACGGCAGAACAAGAGCAAACUCGCACGUAUGUUAAAGGAAACAAGCGUAGAAUACAUGCAGCACCAUGUAAAUGAAUUUAACCGGCAGCUAAACGACGAUAUGAACUCUAUCGCGGAGGAUGAGAAACCGUACUGGAUGAAGCUCGUCGCCGAGACAGUAGGCGAAGAAAUAAUGAAUAAACCCGUAACAGGCGACUUUGUACGCAAAGGAGUAGUGGGCGACUGGCGAAGUCACUUCACCCCUGAACAGGUGAUUCGCAUGAAAAACAGGAUUGCCGUGAAAACAGCCGGCAGUGAUGUUAUGAGUUUGUGGGAUGACAUUGAUCUGCCGUAACACCCUCAACUGGUAUGUAAGUUUAUUCGCGUAUGCUGAAACAUUAACAUGUGAACUGAAUUAACGUGUGACCACGCAAUAAAGGUGCGUAAUAAAAAAAUUGAAUGUUUAAAUUUCAGCGACAAAGAGCCUCCCCUGUAUUGGGGCGCUUGGAAACGCAUGGCUGGCAUAGAGUAAAUAAAUAUCCUAUUGGGAAAUAUAUAAUUAUUCGUGGCACUGUACAUGUGCUUAUCUUGAUAAUGGUAUUGCGGGCAAUACUUUCAACACGAUGAAUAUUUGCGGGCUGAACAAUUGUGAAGGACAGUCAAAUAUUAAAGUAUGUUUUAAAGG